GCUGCUGCGCUCACCCGGACGAGCUGCAGCACUCAAACAUGGCGCUGCACUGUGGCAAAACAUGCCGACAGUAUUUACUCCAUUUAGCUCACGAUAACGUGGACUUCAGACUCCCGGAAAUUAAAGCAUUGCUGUCCCUCAGGGGUCGACAGUGUGAGCCUUCAGAAACCUUCAGAGAAAAGUCUCCGUUUUGGCGACUGCAUGGCUUGUCUGAGGAAGAUGUGCGAAGUGUCAUGUCACGGACUGUCUGUGCCAAGUCUGUGUUUGAGCUUUGGGGUCAUGGGAGAACAGCAACUGAACUGAAGUCAUCAUUGAUGGAAUAUCCCAGGGAAAGCAUGGCUACCUUUCUACAAGAUCAAUCAACAUACAAGAUUAAUGUCUACACUUUCAACAAGACACUGCUGUUCAAUGACAGAAUAAAGAAAAUAGAUGCCUUGGAUUACCUGCCAUUUCAAGGAAAAGUAAACCUGAAGGAUCCUGAUCACAUUUUCUGUUUAUUUGAAGACUAUGGACUAGACCCAAAUGACAUCCCAGAGGAGCCACUCUACUUAUAUUUUGGAAGAUGGAUUUCAGAUGGGCAAAGGGAACUGAUCCGCUCUCACAGUGUGAAGAAGAGGCACUUCAUUGGGAACACCAGUAUGGACGCAGGUCUUUCUUUUAUUAUGGCAAACCAUGCCAAAGUAAAGCCUCUGGAUCUGGUCUAUGAUCCUUUUGUUGGAACAGGUAGCCUUCUGGUUGCGUGCUCCCACUUUGGGGCGUAUGUGUGCGGAACAGACAUUGAUUACAACACCAUCCAUGGAGUAGGGAAGGCAAGCAGAAAGAAUCAGAAGUGGCGAGGUCCAGAUGAGAAUAUCAGAGCAAACCUGCGUCAGUAUGGGACCGAGUUUUCAUAUGUGGAUGUCAUGGUGUCGGAUGCCUCUAAACCUGUAUGGAGAAGAGCAGAGCUGUUCGAUGCCAUAAUCACAGACCCUCCUUACGGCAUUCGUGAGUCAACAAGGAGAACGGGUUCCCACAAAGAAGUUACGUCUCCUCCUGAUGACUUUUCUGGAGAGAGUCAUGUGCCUGUUUCCAUGGCCUACCACCUAAGUGACAUCUUUGCUGACCUGCUAAAUUUUGCAGCCAAUCACUUGGCCAUAGGUGGACGGUUGGUCUACUGGCUUCCAGUUUAUAGACCAGAGUACUGUGAAGAGAUGGUCCCCUUACACCCCUGCCUCACACUCAUCAGCAACUGUGAACAGACUCUCUCCAGUCACACAUCACGGAGGCUCAUCACUAUGGAGAAAAUCAAGCAGCCCGAGGUCACUGAUGCGCUAGCACAGUUGGCAGACCCACGUUUCAGCCCAUACCAGGGUCAUAACUCUUUCAGAGAGAAAUACUUCAGUGGCAUCACCAAAAAGAACGAAAAGGGCAACGACAAACCCGCCACAAAGGAAGGUGAAGGAUCUUAAAAGGAAUCAGGAUUUUAAAAGGAUUAUAAUUGUAUGGAAUUCUUCCUACUUUGCAUUUUACGUUUUACUUUUUUAAAAACACACACACUGCUGCCGAAUAUGCCUUCAAUAAAACAAAAAUACCUCA